AUUCUAGGAUCGUCACCAACUGCUUGUCAGAGCAUAGAGCUACUUAUCGACGAUGAAGGAACCAUAACAAGUCCCAAUUUUCGGGGACCAUAUCCAGCCAACUCUUCCUGCACAUGGAUUAUAAAGCCCCCGGAAAAAACGAAUGUUUCUUUACGGUUUUCAUCGUUUAACAUCCAAUCAAGUUCCAAGCAGUGUGGAGGGAUUAAAUGCAAUUGUGACUUUGUCCAAAUAAGUGAACUUGGCUCUGCGUCUAGUAAUGCAGGAUUCAACACGAAAUAUUGUGACGGUAAUCGCCCUCCGGACAAGAUUCUUUAUUUGAUGUCUGGGGUCAGAAUUCGAUUCGUUUCUGACUCAACUGGCGAAGAGACUGGGUUCGAACUUCAUUAUAAAACCCUUCAUACACCAGCACCUGCUCCAACGAUGGGUGUAUCUGGAGCAUCUGUUAAUCAAACCGUUGUCACGACAACAUCUGGCUCGUCUUCAAAUCUAAACGUGUCGAGUUUCAGUAUUCCUUUACCCACAUUUACAAGCAAAGCGCCGAUAAACUCUUCAUCGGAAAUUGUUUUGCAAGUUACACCAGAAACACGAAUACCGACAGAACUCACUGGUGUUCAGACUCCGUUACCCAGAAGAACAUUGCCAGUCAGUUCAGCUGGAGCGGGGAGUGCUUGGACAACACCGGUUCAUACCGUUUUGGCUAAGGAACAGAAGGUAGUCGAAGAGAAAGUCCCAGACAUUAUAGUCCUUGGACCGUCUGUACCUGUUGUGAUGAUAUUUGUCAUUGUUGUCGCUGGUAUUGCUUGGUGGAAUUACAAGUUUAACUCGGAAGAGCACAACAGGUAUGAAUCCUACGCAAAGAAAAGUGCAGCCAAAAAGCGGCAGAAGAGAACGAUGCACAACAUUAGUAAAGGGAAUCUCUAUAAUGAGAUGACAAAGACCUGGAAAGGCCAGUCUUCUAACCCUAAUGCAGGAAGACCCAGCCCCAUGGUUGGAGGAUAUAAGAAAAUAUCGUUUGCGGGAAGACUUCUGGAGUUAGCAGAAGGCGUACGAACUCCUAGGCCUUCCCGUCCAUCCUCGUACGCGGAGGAGACUGUACCUCUGACAAAGCCGUCGACUGGCAAAGGCCCGUUCCUAUCGCCGGGCGUGGCUACCACUGGAGGAGGCUCGAGACCCAGUUCUCGCCCAGCCUCUCUGUUGCUGAGAGAUGCCUUGGUUAAUAUGUUUGGGGAGGGAAAAGAAAGUGAAAGUCAGACCCAGGGUUCUGGUUCCCCGUCCAAAAGAGCUUCCAAGCGAGUAUCAUUCAUCGACGAAGAAGCAGGACAUCCGUUGGUUCAGCACGAGACCAUUCCACCCGAACAAAUUGAAGAAAUUCACGACGAACCAGAGGAAGAUGAUGACAAUAGCAAAGAAGAAACAGACGAUACUGUGAAACCUGCAAGGAGAUUACCGAUCCCAGCUAUUCUUGUUAGGCAACCGAGUGAAGAUACAGACUUUGCAGUGGAUUCGCCUUCUAGAACUUCAAUAUUUCCUGAUCUAGAAGACUUUCUUCUGAAUUUAGAUAAGGAUUCAGACCUAGAUGAGCCGCCAUACAGCUGUGCGAGUCACAUAGGAGACAUUUUAAGGAAAAGUUAUGGCGACGAAGGGCUAAGUGGCCUGGGUCCAGAAACCGUGUUGGAUGUUCCAGAAGAGUUCGUCGGGAUGAUGCGCAACCCUUCCACGUCACAGGAUUCCAUUACAAAAGAAACAGACCAAGUUGAUGACGUGGAUUAGAUGUCUGUUUCAAGGUUCUGAAACCAAACGAGUGGUCUCGGAAUCAAUUUUUCCAUUUAAGAGCACGCUUAGGUCUGGCCUCUGACUUGAAAAGCGCAAGACACCACUUUAUCGUCCAACAGUUGAGUGAAAUCACCACGCGCUAUGGUCUUCCAUUUCGACCUCUUUGAUUCGACGAAGUUGUCAGCUUCGCUAGCGAAUGACGCUUGAGUUUGAAGUCCAUAAAGAUGACAAACUUAAGGGAGCUCUGACUCUUUCUAUUAAUAAUUCGUUUAAGGUAUAACUUAGUUCUUCCAAAGAAAAUCGAGAAAAGGAGCUCGUUUAAAAGUUUGGUGAAUUUUACAUAAAGGAAAGAAACUUUGCUUUCCUCAAGUGUCAAUUAUCCAAUGUUCAAGACGGUGGUAGCUUUUACCAUAUUUUUUAUUACUACGCUGUAUUAUACUGAUGAUAAAAUUUGAAGUACGAGCUCGACAUUCUGGUGCUACUGUCAAGUAAAAAUGUAUUAAAAGCCAACUGAGAUAUAAUAAAUGAGUCGCGUUAAAUGCACGGGGAGCUUAUUUAAGUCUAAGGAAGACCGUGGAUGGGUGGCUCUUAUUCGAUUGAAGACGUAAUUUGAUAUGAUUGUUUUUAUUUACCUAUCAUUUUUUAGCCAUAAACUCCACAUUCAAACAACAAGUGAAACUUUUGAUGUGCAGAGGUGACCUUUUCAAUAAAGUCUUAAAAGCAGUA